AUGAUUGCGUAUCUUGCGGCGAACAACUACACAGCCAGCGCGGCGGCCCUGCGAGAGGAGCUCAAUCUGGACGAGUCCCAGUAUGACGCCACGACGGCCAAGAAGUACGAGACGCUGCUGGAGAAGAAAUGGACGAGCGUUAUCAUGGACCUGGAGUCCCGGAACAACGCGCUGCAGUCAGAGGUGGACAACGCGACUCCCGGAUCGCUGAUGCUGCGCAACAAGGAUCCGGCAUCGUGGCUGCCCAAGGCACCACCGCGAUACACGCUAGAGUCGCACCGCAACGCGAUCAACUGCAUUGCGUUCCACCCGACCUUUUCGUCGCUGGCCACGGGGUCGGACGACUUCACGAUCAAGAUCUGGGACUGGGACAUUGGCGAGCUCGAGAAGACGAUCAAGGGCCACACGCGGGCGGUGCUGGACGUGGACUACGGCGGGCCCAAGGGCAACGUGCUGCUGGUGUCGUGCAGCUCGGACCUGGCGAUCAAGCUGUGGGACCCGGCAGACGACUACAAGAACAUCCGGACGCUCUCGGGCCACGACCACAGCGUCAGCGCAGUGCGCUUCAUCCCCAACUCGGCCAACCUGCUCGUGAGCGCCAGCCGCGACAUGACGCUCAAGAUCUGGGACGUUACGACCGGCUUCGUCGUGCGCACGCUGCACGGUCACACGGCCUGGGUGCGCGAUGUUGUGCCGGCCUUUGACGGCCGCUACCUCGUCUCGUGCGGCGACGACAUGACGGCGCGGCUCUGGGACAUUACGUCGGUCGCCACGACGAACGAGAGCAAGCUGACGCUCUACGGCCACGAGCACUACAUUGAGUGCUGCGCCCUGGCGCCGCCGUCGGCCUACGUGCACCUCGCGCAGAUGGCCGGCCUCAAGCGGCCGCCUUCAGCAGCCAGCUCGGCCGAGUUCGUCGCCACCGGCUCCCGCGACAAGAUGAUCCGGCUCUGGGACGCCCGAGGCACCUGUCUGCGCACGCUCAUCGGCCACGACAACUGGAUCCGCUCGCUCGUCUUCCACCCCGGCGGCAAGUUUCUGCUCUCGGCCGCCGACGACAAGACGGUCCGCUGCUGGGACCUGGCCCAGGAGGGCCGCUGCGUGAAGGUGAUCAGCGACCCGCACGAGCGCUUUGUCACAUCGCUGCGCUGGGCCCCCAGCCUCGUCCGUAGUGCCGGCGGGACGGAUCAGUUGGCGGCAGGGCUGAGCGGCACGGGCGCCGACCAGAACGGCAACGGCAGGACCGACACCACCACGGUCGCGGCCAACGGCACGCGAACAAAGGAGCCACAGGACGUGCAGAUCCGCUGCGUGGUAGCCACGGGAUGUGUGGACUCAACAGAGCACCUGCCGGCCAUUGAGGCAGCGAGCGAGCUAGAGCUCAAGGCGAUCUACUCGCGGUCGCAGAAGACGGCCGAGACGCUGCACGCCAAGGCCGGCAGCAGCAGCGCCGUGGACGUGUAUUUCGACGAGCCGGCGACGGCAGGCCGCGGGCUGGCAGAUCUGCUGGCGCGCAGCGACGUGGCAGCAGUGGCUGUGGGCAUACCGAUCACUCUGCAGCCGGCAGUCGUGCGCCAGGCGCUGGCGGCGGGCAAGCACGUGAUCAGCGAGAAGCCGGUGGCAGCGACGGUGGCAGAGGCGCGAGAGCUGAUUGCGGAGUAUGAGCAGAUGUCGUCGUCGUCGUCGUCACGGCCGUUGUGGGCGGUAGCCGAGAACUACCGGUACCAGCCGGGGCUGCAGGUGGCGGUGGCCGAGGCGAGACGGCUAGGCGGCGAACUGGUGUCGUUUUCGCUGCAUAGCGACCGGCUGGUGCGCGACGAGACCAGCGGCGGCUACAUCAACACGUCGUGGCGACGCCAGCCGACACAUCCGGGCGGCUUUCUGCUGGACGGUGGCGUGCAUUUUGUGGCAGCGCUGCGACAGCUGAUGGGCAGUUUGGGAAGUCUAGGAGAUGCCAGCGAGAUCGCCCGGCUGGCCUGCUUUGCCGCCCAGCUGCAGCCGCACCUGCCGCCAGUCGACACUCUGCGGGGCGUCGCUGUGACGCGAGGCGGCGUCAGCGGCGUGCUCAACAUGUCGUUUGGCACCGAGUUUGGCGGCCCGCUGCUCGAAGUCGUCGUCACUACCACCGAGGGCCGCCUGACCUGGACGCCGCGCUGCGUCACCGUGAUGCGCCGCGGCGACGUCACUCCUGCCGUCAUCGACACCGCCGACCCGGCUGCCUUUCCGGCCGCCGAGGCCAACGGGGUCAAGGCCGAGUUCGCUGCGUUUGCCCGCAGCAUUGCGACCGGUGCCGCUGCCGUCGACCAGCUGCAGUCGCCCCGCGAGGCCCUGCAGGACCUGCUCGUGGUGGAGACAAUGCUGCAGUCGGGCGCCGAGGGCGGGGCGCUGCGGGAGCUGUAA